CGCUCCCUCCCAUCAUAAGAGAACAACCCUCACCCAGAGCCUUCAGACAAAACCGGCCUAGCGCCCAGCUUUUUCCUUGGCUCCAAACCUCGUCAGGAAACAAACCAAAACAACGCCGCCCAACCCACCCACCAACCAGCUAGACAGACACGGCAAACCGCAGCCAUGUCUACUCCCAUGUCCUCCGGCGGCGGCAUGGACGACGACCAGUCGUCCUCCAAGAAGCCCGUCUCCUUCCAGUUCUGCGCCGAGUGCUCCAACAUGCUGUACCCGCGCGAGGACAACUCGUCGCGCACGCUGCAGUUCGUCUGCCGCACCUGCCACUACACCACCGAGGCCAUCAACACGUGCGUCUUCCGCAACGAGCUCAGCAGCACCGCCAGCCUGCACGCCGGCAUCAUCCCAGGCAUGGGCAAGGACCCCACGGUUGGUACCGCCUCUGACGCCCCCACGAGCGAGUCCGCCGAGGGCUCUGUUGUUCUCAGUGUUGUCAUCCCAGUUGCCGAUCCGUCCCUCCCCGUCAUCAAUUCCCUUCUCCCUUCUCCCUCGGACUCUGAGCAUUCAUCCGACUGUGAGACCACCAUCGCCCUCUGCACUCUGUGUGGAAUACCUGUUUCUUGCAGCGUGUGCGGCGAUGCGUAUCUUUAUGUUCCAAUUGAGUCGUGCCCGGCCACCCAGCCCAUCACCCAGCCCGCCAUCACCCAGUCCGCUGUCACCCAGUCCGCCGUCACUCAGCCGUCACUGGCCGCCCAGUCGUCCCCAGCGGCUACUCGGUCCGCCUCUACGCGCAUGUUUAACUCGAAAGACCUCACCCCGCCACACACCCCACCGACCUCUCCCGGCGGUACCCUGGUCAACUUGAGAAACUCCAACUUCUUCGACUUGUUUAACUCGCACUUUAUCGAUUUGUACGACGACUACGCCAACUACGAGGACUACUCGAAUUACGAUUAUGUCGUCGACGACGCUGAGGACGACGACGGCGCGGCCAUGGACUAGGAUUCCGAGCCCUCCCCGUACUAAUCACCACACUGCACACACAUCACCCACCCAUGUCCAGACACACAUGCCCAGAUACUGUAGAAACAAAGAGCACGAGAGCAGCUCCGGCGCCAGUCUGAAGCGGGCGCCCAGUCGGCUCCGUUCCGACAUGACCGCUCUGGAAGAGAUCUUGUCCACAUAAGCAUCAACCGGAUUGCUGGCCGAGAUGGGCUGACAUAGGGCUCCCGGUAUAGCUUCCGCGUACCACGAGGCAGUGCCAGUACUGCCCGAGCGAUGCCAUGGUCUUUUUCCAGUCCCAACAACGAACGGCCG